AUGUCUUUUCCUAUACAACUAAUCAUUGUCUUUCUAGCCUUCAUUUCCAAUGAACAUAAAGCCAUAGCUCAAUUUGUACCCCCUUACUCUUCUGUAGUUGCUCCAGUACACAAACAUACAGAUGCCGCUAAGCCUCUCUUUAGUGUUCAGGUCAUGACAACAUACGUAAACUUGCAAUAUUUGCACGCGAACUUCCUUAUAGACCUCGAUGCUCCAUUUAUAUGGCACGACUGCAUCCUCGAAUGGAACUCUUUUCCAGGAAGUUGUCCUAACAACACGCUGUGCACCUAUCCAGUUUCAUGUGAGGAAUAUCAAUGCACAGACGUGCGUACUACUUACUCAUAUCAGAACCCUUCUUGUCCUCCGGUGAACAAUGAUUCAACUAUACCGGAUUGGGGAUACUGUACAUGCCCGGUCAAUGUGGUCAACCCCAUCACUGGAUUGUGCGGCCAAGCCCUGCUUAACUACGAUGAAUUCACGGUGAACACAAGUAAUGGUAAAAAUGUUUUUACUGGUUUAUAUGGUGCUUAUCCUAAUGCAGCAUGUGCUCCUUCUUCGUCUUUUGAAUCAUUCCCUGCAAAUGUUUCUGGUGUAAUGGCCCUUUCAUCCUCACCGUAUGCGUUGCCAGCUUAUUUAUAUGACCCGCUAAAAAGAAUUAUAGCUCUAUGCUUGCCUAGUACCUUGUCGGCUCCUGGGGUCCUUUUAUACGGAAAUGGCCCUUAUAACCUUCUUCCCCGAUCAGAUGUCGAUGUAAGAAGUUUCCUUUCUUAUACCCCAUUAAUAAAGCAUCCUGGUUCUUUCGGAUACUAUAUUAAUGUCACUUCCAUUGUAAUAAAAACGAGAUCUGUCGACAUUCCCAAAGAUACCAUAACCAAGCUUAGUACAACAGAGCCAUACACCACUCUUAGAGCUGACAUCUAUAAUGCUGUGGUUCGAAGGUUUCUAAAGGUUACGCUACGAAUCCCUCCUGCAAAGCCGGUGGCACCAUUUAGCCUUUGUUACAGCACCUCCACCAAUGGUACCGAGACUAGUAUAAAAGUUCCUGAUAUCGAUUUCAGUCUCCAGGAUGGGACGAAAUGGAGCAUAUCAACAACUAACUCCAUUAAGAAAAUAACUAAAGAUGUGGCGUGCCUAGCAUUUGUCGACGGUGGUGCAUCAAGUGAACCUGCAAUCGUGAUUGGGACUUUUCAGUUUGAGGAUAACUUUGUGGUGUUCGAUUUAGAGAACUCGACUUUUGGGUUUAGUUCUUCAUUGUUGCGUAAGCAGACUUCUUGCUCAAACUUUAACUUUACACUAACAGACAGCCCUUGA